UACACCGCACCCUUGUAAGUAACAACUCACCGGCACGACGAACCUAGGUCCUCCCCAUAAUGUCAGGUGAUAAUCUCUCAUUUCGCAGUUUCGAGGGCUCUGAUGUCUCGUCAAUUUGAUGGUUAUAAGACUCCAUCAUCACCAAGUGGAGUACCUGAUAAGGAUGCCCCCAGAUCAACCCAUCCCAUAAUCCACUCCUAUCUCCGCCGCCACCACACCGUCCCCGUCACAAGCCUCCAUCAUACUCAAAGCACACCCAGCAACGCAGCUCUGGCGUCUUUUCAACAUUAUCCUUCUUUUUACGGGAAGAAUUACGGCAUACACACCACAAUUAUCAGAUCAACCCAACUCAACGUGAGACUCUUGCCUUCCAAAAACCAAUACUCGCGCCAAAGGAACCCCGCCCCCACUCCAUCCGCCUCUCUAUCAGACUGCCAACUCGAAACUCACAACCCUAGCCAACCCAGUUUCCAACGACAACCAUGAACGACGCAGAAGGUCUCGCAAUUGCAAUCGAGGAGGCCAAGACCGGCGCCUCAGAGGGCGGCGUCCCGGUACGUUAAGCUCCAUCACAUCCGGGGAAAAAGAAACCUCACC